GACAGGAGCAAUCAGAGAGGGGCAGGCACAGCAAGCAGCAGGCAGGAGACACCGCGGCAGCGCGGGGCGCAAGGGGCGAACGACGAUCUUGAGGGUGUCGUUGGAGGGCGCUUCCCUCUCCCGCCUCCCCACCUCGUACUCGCGGAUCCCCUCGCCUAUUGGGCUCACUUUUCUGUUCUCUGCUGCCUCCAAAUUCCGAGAGGACUGUCUGUCUUCUCUUUUUGUCUGUAAGGAAGCCAGGGCUGGGGAAAUCUCUCCCAGUUAUCAGCUGAAACAGCGCGUCUCCUGGGGGACCCCAGAGCAGCCUCCAGACCCGAAACAGCAGCUCCUCACGUGACAGCCACCCCAAGAGCCAGUUUCAUGGAACAAACACGGAGAAUCCUGAGCCAGCUCCUUCCCACCUCCACUUCCCAGCCCAAGAAGAAAAGAACAUCAGUGCUCUCUUUCUUCUCCAAGGUCUCCUGGAAACUGAAGUUGCAGAAGCGGGAGCCUUUGAAGAAUGUGCUUUCCAUCUUGGCAGAAAGAGCCCAGGAUCCUAGCGCUAAAAAGCGCUGUCUGGCGAUGAGAGGCCUGGGCACUGUGGCUUGUGAAGCUCCUGAGAAGCAGGUGAGGAGGUAUAAGAAAGUUAUGCUUGAUCUCCUCGUGAAAGGUCUGUAUGAUCCUGUGAGUUCUGAAGUGAUCCACGAGAGCAUGCAGACCCUGACUAUUGUGCUGGGCAAGAUCCAGGGCCAAGGGCUGGGCUCCUUCUUCAUAGACAUCACCCUCCAGACCAGGACUUUAUUGGAUGAUGAAAAUGACAGUAUGCGGUGCUUGGCCUUCAUUCUCUUUGGGCAAUUGGCUGCAUUUGCUGGGAGGAAGUGGAAGAAAUUUUUCACCCACCAGGUUAACCAGGCAGGAGAUUCCCUCCUGACCCAUUUACAGGACAAAAGCCCUCAGGUUGCCAAGGCUUGCAGAAUGACUGUUCGAGCCUGUGUUCCAUAUCUGAAACCCAGGAUGCAGCAGAGUUUCCCAAGUGAAGAAGAUCAGAGGAACCCCAGGCUUUCCAGGCACCUGAGCCACUAUCAUCCAGAGGUCCUGCUGUUCUUUUAUGCCAACAAAAUCCUGUAAGUCCAGAAGAGCAGGGCCCAUGUGGCAGGAUGCUUGGGCAUCCUGUUUCCUCUGUCCUGCUUCAUCGGAUACCUCUGACUCUCAUGUGACUGCACCAGAAGAGAGAAUGUCAGAGGGCAACUGAGGGCCGAAAAAACACUCUGGAAGUGUAUAUCUGCACCCCACGUAAAAGUUCUACAUUGUUUAGCUGGAUCUCAUUUCUUCCCUAUACAAAUUACCUCCUUCUCUAAAUUGUGCCUGUGUGUGCACAUGCACACGCACAUGUGCACAUGAUUGUGGCGGUCAGAGGACGGCCUCAGAUACUGUUCCCCAGGCACCUUCCACCCUUCCAUUGAAACAGGCUCUUACUGACCUGGGGCUUGCAGAUUAGGCUAUGCUUGAUGGCUGGUGAGCCCCAAAGUUCUGCCGUCUCCUCUCCAGCACUGAGAUUAUAACUAUACUCCAGCUUUUUUUUAUUUGUCUAAAACUUUAUUUCAAAGUUGUUCACCUCGCUAUUAGUAAGACGUUCAGUUAAUGUGCUUUGCCAGUGCCUCCAGGCCUGCCCAUUGCCGUCAAUGGACUCUGAGAAAACCCACCUCUUGGCACCCAAACUUUUUGGGGUGUGGGCCUGGUACCUACCCCAGCCCAACAGAUGCACACUUCCUUAAAAACAUUUAACAUACAUGAUGUCCCGAAAGUUCUUUUCUCAGUUCAAGCAUUUCUAAUGUGUAACUUCUGAAGCUUGGGGGAAUAAUUGAUACUUUAAGUACUUUAAAAAUGUAUAUGUUUUCGAUGGUUUGCUAUUUGCUAUUGAUACCUUUUCUUUCCAAGAUACCAAGAAGCUGGCUUGCAAAGUGUCUGUAACUUCUCAUGCUCUUAAGAUGUCACUGUCCUAAAAUCACCUUUAAAAAGGAAGACACUCAGAAGAAAUAUUGCUGAAAAUCUGCAGGAUGAUGAUAACUUACAGAAUAAAAACAGUAACAUUUA